CUUGACCCCGGAAGUGGCUCGGGAAGAGGAUGCUGAUGCUGGAAUAAACAUGGCGGCCCGCGGCGCUGGGGCUGCGCCGUUGCGGGCCGCGGUUGUGCUGGGGCUGGUGCUGCUCGGGGCCGGUUCGGCCGGCGCCCGCGUCCAUCACCUCACCCUCAAAGAUGAUGUGAGGCAGAAAGUACACCUGAAUACCUUUGGCUUCUUCAAGGAAGGUUUCAUGAAAGUCCAUGUCAGCAACCUUUCACUGAAGCCGCCUGUGGGCUUGGAUGACAAGAGUAGCUUAUCAGUGGGGUUCAGUUUGGAUCGAACAAGGAAUGAUGGGUUCUCCACUUACCUGGAUGAAGAAGUGGAUUACUGUAUCUUGAAAAAGAAACCUGAGCAAGAUGUGUCUGUUGUAAUCUUACUUCUGGACUUAAAAACUGAAGUUGUGAAAGUACGGUUCUCUGCAGAAGCUUCUUCUUUGUUACCUAAAAUUUCGUUUGUGUCGGAGGAAAACGUUACUGCCAUAAGUACCAAACCGCCAAAAACUUCCGAACAGAGCAGUGAUUCUGGUAAAAAUCCUGCAAAGACCAGUGAAAAUACAGACAGCAAAGGUAAGGAGUCCACACGAAGUACAACAUCCUCCCAGAGCGUAGUAGAACAAGAACAUCCUGUUCGCAAUGACAGAGGAACUUUUUCAUUUCAGUUUUUUUUUAACAUCAGCUCGGAUAACCAAGAAGGUCUCUACAGCCUGUAUUUCCAUAAAUGUGUUGGCAAGAAGAAGCAGACUAAUGAUCAGCAGCUAUUUAGUCUUGAUAUAGAAAUUACGGAAAAGAAUCCUGAAAGCUACCUCUCAGCAGGUGAGAUCCCACUGCCAAAACUUUACAUUUCCAUGGCUAUCUUCUUCUUCCUGUCUGGGACUGUAUGGAUCCACAUACUUCGUAAACGCAGAAAUGAUGUCUUUAAGAUUCACUGGCUAAUGGCAGCCCUCCCUUUCACAAAAUCUCUGUCCUUAGUCUUCCAUGCGAUCGACUAUCACUACAUUUCUUCUCAGGGAUUUCCUAUUGAAGGCUGGGCUGUUGUUUAUUACAUCACUCACCUACUGAAGGGUGCUCUUCUGUUCAUCACUAUUGCCCUUAUUGGCACAGGCUGGGCUUUUAUUAAACACAUCCUGUCAGAUAAAGACAAAAAAAUUUUCAUGAUUGUCAUUCCACUUCAGGUACUGGCAAAUGUGGCAUACAUUAUCAUAGAGUCAACAGAAGAGGGGACAACUGAAUAUGGACUGUGGAAAGAAAUCCUCUUCCUGGUAGACUUGCUAUGUUGUGGAGCUAUCCUAUUUCCAGUGGUGUGGUCAAUAAGACAUUUACAGGAGGCUUCAGCAACAGAUGGGAAAGUCAGGUGCUGCUCUUACAGUAUGUCUGCUGGAGGAGAGUUUCUGUCUCAGGGUGUCCAUAGCUUUCAGUGGUUCUCCUGGAAUGCUAAAGCUGCUAUUAACCUAGCAAAGCUGAAGCUUUUCAGACACUACUAUGUUAUGAUUGUGUGUUACAUCUACUUCACACGGAUCAUUGCAAUUCUCAUAAAGAUUGCUGUUCCAUUCCAGUGGAAAUGGCUAUACCAGCUGCUGGAUGAAAUGGCCACACUUGUGUUCUUUGUCCUCACUGGGUACAAGUUCCGUCCAGCAUCAGACAACCCUUAUCUACAGCUUUCUCAAGAUGAUGAGGAUGACUUGGAGAUGGAAGCUGUGGUGACGACUUCUGGAGUAAUGGAGGGCAUGAAGAAGGUCAAGAAAGUGGUGAAUGGUUCAGCAGAGCCCCGGGGCGAGUGGGAAAGCACGGCAUGAUGGACUGGACUAAGGCAGCACUUUCAGAGAAACUUUUUUUUAAUUUAUUAUUACUCUCAGUGGAAAGGGAGCAACUAGCACUUCCCAACACUGAAACUGCAGAGCGGGGUGUGUCUAGGGGGAGCAAAGCAGUGCAGACAUACAACUAUUCCUCUGAUCAUAAGAAAAUGGGAUCUCUUGGUACCUGCAAGGAGUGCAAAGCUUUCCUAGGGAUUUUGGGUAGCUUAUUCUUUUUUUUUCCCCUUUCUGGAUUGGUUAGGUAUUCUGAAUUGUUUGCAGCUGCAUUCUUCAGAAUGUGUAAUACUAAUGUGAAGAGAGAUCUUUAGCGUGUACGUAAACUAUAUAUUUUAUAUAAUGCGCAUAUAUAUACACACAUUUGCUAUGUAACAUGUAUGCUGGGAAUUACAAAGCGUGUCAGAAGGUGGGAAAAGAAGAUGAGAUGUAAGUAUUCUUUUUUCUUUUUACAUAAACUCUCAUUUUAGCUUGGACAAAACAUUGCAAAGCAAAUUAAUGGAAACAACUGCAGUUAUUUGAGAGACUAAAUGGGAUAUUGGGUUGGACGACUUCUGCCACCACUCACAUCAGUGGGAAAGUUAAUAAGUAUCUUAUCCAUGCAGGUAUCCACUCGAAUGUGCCAGGUUUUCAAAUGUAUUGCUGUAUAGGAAGCAAGUGGCUGUUCUCCAUUAAAAGCACUAGCCCAUAGUGCAAAAGCAUUAAUGUAAACCCUCCACUGUUCAUGGAGUUGCUCUUGAUUCUCACCCCACCUGACAAGAAGUACACAAGAGGUGUAAGACUGGUGCUUGCUUUUUAGGGGUCUGCCAUGCUAUCUUAAACACUUAAUUUCAAGCUGUGACCCAGAGCACUUUGGUCUGCUUCAUAAAGUAUUUUCAAGGUAAAAUAUUUCCAAAAGACACUCCUUUCUGGCACAGUAUAAACAGUACCAGAAUCUCCAGUGGAAAUGUGUCUAGCAGAUGUACUGCAGCAUAAACCUCUGGUAUGCCAUCAUCCUGAGCCUCUCUGGGUGGUUAAUUGUACCUCUUUGGCUAUGUAGGAUUAAUGAUGAUUGCUGUUUGAGAUGGGCUGAACUGGUCAAAAUGGUAUUGCUGCCAAAACCAGGUAACUGCAGCUUCCAGUCCUAAAUGGUUUUUGUCAGGAAAGGAGAAGAUUAGGACCAGAACACUUAAUGCAGGAGAAUACCAAGUCUUAACUAUUAGCUGCCAACUUGCAGUGGAGCCUUUAGAGCCACGUGCAUUGUAUCUGUAGUACUCUGCUAUUGUUAGUAAGGUGAGCUGGUGCCCAUAGCUGUAGUAGUGAGGCAUAGCAAAUGGUUGUUAACUUGGGGGAGGAUGGAAGUGGCUCACUGAUGUAAUGAGGAUAAGCUUUAAGAAAAAUAAAUAAAGUAUAACUCACUGACCUACUGCAGCCUUAAUAGUCAUGUAGAGACAUUGACAUACGGUGCUGUUGAGCAAAGUGCUUCUGUCGGGGUGACAGGGAUAGUCAUCAUCACAGAGCUCGGAUAUGCCGGCAUCUUUCAUGAACUCACUUAGGAAUUGCUUUUUUUGACUGAAGGGACUACAUCUCUGGUGCACAAUUUAUUAGAGGACUGUUAGAGCACUAGGUUUUUCUAUUCCUUAAUCUCAGAAGGGAGACUUUCUCUGGAACCUUGAACCAUCUGUUCCUCAGCCUUGAACAGGGAUUGUAGAGAUCUUAAAUGAGCAGAAUGUACCAAGACUUGCUGUUUGGAGAGCAGUAUUGUCUUCUUGCCACUCCUUUUCCCAGGUGUUGGUUCUAUGCAUUGUAGAAAUGGUAGAAAUGAAUCUACCUGCUUUGAUACCUGGAACUGCUUUCUCAUCUGAUAGAGCACAAGAAUAGCCGCCUUCUCUGGGCACAGAGUCCUCUUCUAUGUUUUUCUCCCCAGCUGUAACUGCAUAGUAAUAGCAGCAGUGGUGGUUUGACUUUUGCUGUCAUUGUUUUGCAAAGAUACAGUUUUAGUGAAAACAGAAAGGCCUACGUAACUAGAAAGGCUGUGAGGUGAGCUAUGAGCCCUUUUAGACCUUCUGUAUGAAGAAGUCUUCUGCAUAUUAAAUAGCUGAGGUGUAAGAAAUUGGACUAUAAACAAACAUAAGCAGUCCCAGCUCAUCAUACACUUAAAUACGAUACCUGAAAAACUCAUCCUCUCACUCCUUGCAUGGUUACUCUGUCCCUGUGGAAAUGUCACUGUCUGCAUCCAAAGGGCUACUCAAACAGGCCAUAAACUUUGUUCAGAGUAGCCCACUGGAGACUUGAAGGCUGUUGACACUGAAGUAUGUGAAGGACCCACUGUCAGGAGCGGAAGCGCAGUAACGGUGUUAAUCCAGACAUGAUGCUGUCCUAGAACCUGUUAAUACCUUCUGUGAAUGAGUUGUGAAAUCCUGAUGGGUGUGGUGAUCCACUCAACACGAGGGGCUGUGCUGGGAUCCCAGCAUGGGCUGAGCUGGUUCCAAACAGCUGCCUAUUCCAUACCUCAGCAUCAGUGGAGCCGCUGAUUUGGCGAAUGCUUUUACCUUAGUCUCAGGUUUCUUUUUUAUAUGCACUUUUUUGCGAAAGUUGCGCAUGGUGUAGGUUCAUCUGCCAAGUCCCUGGCUUGCUAGUCAAAGGCCAAAAAAUGGGUGACUAUUUUUUGUCUUGGCAUGAAAAGCCAUGGCAGUACUCCGAAAGUGUUUUUAGAAGAGCUGUUUUCAAGUUCAGACUUGAGCUUCAGCAGUCAGCUCUACAACCAACAUCAGCUGGCACUUAACGCAGGAUGCUGACCAGCAGCACAACAGUAAGUAGUCAGACCUAAGCAUUAGUAAAGAAAAUGAAUGUGGGUGUACAAGUCAGAAACCAGAGUGAUAGAAGCUUCUUACUGCAGCCAUUACCAAAGUAAAUUUCCACUUUCUCUGGUGGAAUUCCUCACAGCAGGUUGAAAAAUGAGUUGUAUGAUGGAUUAGAUGGUGGCUGGGAUGUUGGAAGAUGGAGAGGAUGGCUGCAGCUGUGCUUCUCGGCAGCACAGUGUGCGCUGCACCGCAAAGCAUCAACGGGAGGGCUGCCCCCUCCCCCUUCCUCCCAAGGCAAACCCACGCCUGCAUGACUGGCAAGUGCAUGACUCUCUCUUGCUAGUGAAAAGUGGCAGCUUGGAGCUCACCAGGCAGGGUAAUAGCAGUGCUUGCCUCUCAGACGCUCACAGUUGUCUAUCGGUAGGAAGCUGUCUUUUAUGGGGAGGGAAAAUAGAAGAGCUGCUUGUGGCUUACAGAUUGUUUUGGGAUACAGCCUUACUUUCCUGGCUUUGCCUUGUACUGUCGUGAGCAACGAAAACAAUCACCCUGCGGGUACGUAGUAGUAUAAUGACAGGAGUCCUGGAAAAGCAGGCUUUGAAUGCAUCCGUGUAUGUUGCUGCAGUGGAGCACUCUGCACCCUCUGCAGACAAAAAUGAGGUUGGUUCAGUGUUCAGUUGUGAUGCAGGUUACGCCCCAAUAAAUCCCUAUUGAUAAUGACAUGCAAAUGCCACUGAUGCACUCCUCUUUUCUGCUGUAACUGCUCAGCAAGCUGUCUUCCAGAGGAAACCUCCUUGCAGUGCAAGUGCCAGACUUGCAUUUUUUUUUCAGGCUUGAAAAACGUUUUCCUUGAUGGUUCAUCAAGAGACUUACUAAAAGAAAGCAAGACAUAAUGGGGUCAUCUGGAACAUUGCUGCUGCUUGCUCAAAAUGUAGCAGUUUGAGUUGAAGCCACAUGCUGUCCUAUUAAGAUGCUCUUUCAUGUUGUCAUCUAACUCAGCAUGUCAUGAUCUGUGCAGUGCAUUGUUCAGUGUUUCUCUCCAGCUGAGUGCCCUGUUCCUGGAUUUCCAUGCUGGCAUACCCUGGGAGCAUGUUGUAAAAAAUUGCUGCAUUGCAGUAUUUUGUCUUGGAGCUAGUAACGUGGAAGAUGUAUUUUUCUAAGCUAAGUGGACUCUUUCUAGCAUGAGUGUGCAUCUACCAUGUAUUCUUAAGCACUGUAACACUCCUCCUGGCCAUGAAAGGGCACGUCCUAUCACUCCAGUGUGCACACUUGGUGAAAGUCCGAUGGAAGAUCUUUUUGUGUGUCAAGUCUUUUUUUUUUUUUUUUACAGUAUUCUCCUCUUAAAGAAGAGAGAUGCAGCCUGGCCAGUGACAAUCAAAUUGACAAGAAAGGAGGUUUUUUGUUGUCAGUUUGAAAACUGCCCAGCUGCAUUUGAAGCAAAUAUUGGGUAUUUGUAUGUUCUGUUGAGCUCUGAGAACUGAAGUUGCUUAGCUUAUUAAAAAAAACCAAUCUGGUAGUAGGGCAGGUAUUGAAGGGAAGGAAAUCCUUCCUCCUUCAGUCUACCUGGUUUGUCUCCUUCAGUUUGACCUGUCAUGAUAGCUAACAGACGACUAAUACUUUAAAGAAAAUGUGUUUUAUUGAUUCUGUGUUACGUUCUCCACUUCAGUCAUAAAACGUUUCCCCAUCCUUCACCUUUUUACAAAGAGCAUGGAGUUGUGGUCUGCGUAGGUGGAAGAUGCAGUGAUAUUUGAAGUGUAAUGGGACUUAAAACUGUCUAAAACCUGUGACCUUGUGUGUAACUUCGGUAACCUGAAUGUUUCAUGAAAGCUGAGAUGGCACUGUCCAGAGGUGCUUCACCAAUGUUUCUUUGUGUUCCCUGGGGUUGAUUUGCUGGAAAACAUUGUUCUAAAUUGGAUUAAUGUGGCUUUUCUUGUCGCCGCUGGGAAUGAUGCUGGUUUGGGCUUAUUAAUCACUUUUACUUAGCAAUAUUGGGAAGCUGUGUAUUUUCCCCGCUUGUAGUUUCUCACGUGGAUAUAGCAAUGAUCCUGUAAGAACUCUGCAUGAUAUGUACUUGCAAGUGGCUGGAACAGGAUUUAAGAAAAAUAGAGAUGUUCUUUUAUGUGUAAAGUAAUGGUAUAGGAAGCAAGUGGCUGAGAAGAGUCACUCCUUGUAGGCUCAAGAACCCAUUUAUGUUUGACUGCAGCAAUCCUAUAGAAAGGAUAAUUCUUAAUAAAUAUUUCCCUGUGGGAUUCCACUCAGCAUUCUGCUCUCUGUGUAAUAAAGUAGAGCCUGACCUCCGCAUUAUCAGAAGCACUUUGUCUUGUAGCUAGGAUACUGGAGCGUUGAUCUGGUACCUGUUCUAUCAAAACAGAGUAUGGGUCUAAAUAGCUUCCCUUUCCCUUUAGGAACUAUUAAUAAUUAAUUCUAGAUCCUCUUGUGUCAUUAAGCAGCUUUAGGGCACCUUGUACAAUGUAGCUUUGAAUUCAUUUAGUAAACGACCUCCAGAAGAACUCAAAGACUUUCCUGUGUACAGCAAGGUCCAGUUCCAGAGUUUUUGGCAACCUGUAAAUAUCCUAUUCCUUAGUUUGUGUUCAGAUGUACAAAUGGAUUUUUUCAGUAUUUUUUUAAACUUUAUUAAAAGAAUAGACACCAGGAUUUGAAGAUAAGCAAGGUGGAUACAAAUCAGGAUCGUCUGUGUAACUUGAUUUCUCUGCUGUGAUGCAAACAUGUAAAAUAAAGACUGACCAGAAUGAAAUUUAAUGCA